AUGCCCAUGAAUAAAAUUGAGCUGCGAGUUUUGAUUCGUUACUACUGGAAGCGAGGUCUUUCAACCAGAAAAGCUGCAGAAGGGAUUUGUGCUGCCGAAGGUGAAGGAACAAUUGCAUAUGCGGCGAUCUCAAAGUGGUACAAGCGUUUCGAUUCUGGCGACAUGACUCUUGAAGAUAAGCCUCGUUCGGGACGGCCGUUAAAGUUAGAUGAUGGAGACUUACAAACCGGGUUGAACAUUGCGCCUUCAUCGAGUACUCGAGAAUUGGCUGAUGAGCUUGGAGUUGGCAAAUCAACAAUUCACCGACACUUGAGGCAACUUGAUUUUGUUCACAAAAAGCCGCGCCAAGAUCCACACGAACUCACCGAAGCACAAGCCAACAGACGAGUUGAAAUUUGCCGUCAAUUGCUCAGCAAUCCAUUGGACGACUGGUUUUGGAAGCGCAUUGUGACUUCGGACGAGAAAUGGGUCUAUCUGGUCCAGCACAAUUGA